AUGGCUCGAGACUCGAGUUAUCACAAUUUGAAGUAUGGGGACAGAGACUUCUUCAACCAAGUCGUGUGGCAAGGAUGGAGGAGAGUUACACAAGUCUUAGAAGAUGGUUACAUGAGUUUUCAUCAAGACAAAACCCAAAGACAUCAAGGAGAAGAGAAGACGACACGGAGGACAAGACCGGACCAUACCGCGUCUCGGUAA